UGAUAAGUGAAUUUCUGGGGUUUUUGGUUUCAGAGGUCAGAGAGCAGACCAUAAACCCUGAGAAGUGUACCUUCGUCAAUGGAUCGCCUGUCCCGGCGCCUCAGAAAAACCGUUGUCCAGUUACUUCACCAUCAACGAUAUGGCCUAUCAUAUUCUGGUUCCACAGCUAGGAACAACAUCGCCAUUCACAAUCCCAUGUUUCAUUUUCGAAGGACUUGCUCUUACAUCUCCGAAAUGCGGAGGUCAGCUUUUGAAGGAAACGUCCUUAGAUACCUCCGAAAUGAGAUUCAGUACGAGCUCGAACACUCUCCUCCAAAGCAGCCUGUCACGAAGUUUGGUUCAUUCAUGGUUGAUGACCGACCCGGCCAACAAUGGAUUGGAUUGAAGAGCAAAUUUGGGGAUGAAGAUAUUAAAGUUGAAGUCAGCACGUUUGAUGGAGCCGUUCCUAUUCCAAAUGCAAGUGGUGUUGGAGGGGCCAAAGAGGAAGAUAUGCAGCUUCACAUAACGUUAAUUGUCAAUAUAUCGAAGGGAGAAGGUGCUAGUGUCUUGGAAAUCAUGUGUUCUGCUUGGCCAGAUAGUAUAGAGAUCAAAAGGCUGCUUGUACGUGCAAGUGAUAGUUAUAAGCCAGCUAAGCCUUAUGCUGGUCCCCAAUUCAAGGAAUUGGAUGAUGCAUUGCAAGACAGCCUUUAUGAGUUCUUGGAAACUAGGGGUAUAAAUGAUGAACUUGCCGUUUUCUUGCAUGAGUACAUGAAAAACAAGAAUAAAAUGGAGCUCAUAAGAUGGAUGGGGUCGGUUAAGUCUUUCAUUGAAAAGAAAUAGAGGCUAAGGGAUUGUACGUUUUACCUCUAAGUUGAAAUAGGGAUCAAAUAUAGUUUGCUAUCAGGCUAACAGAGCCCGGUCUCGCAUGCCUUUUUUGAUUUGACCAUACUUUCUUUCGAUGGUUGUGUGGGUGUAAUUUCUUACAACGGAGAAAGGCCUUAUUGUAACUGGCGUUUUUGCUGCAUACUCUUGCUGUGCCCCCACCCUUUUCCCAAAGAAUAGGCAUUACAAAAAUAGUGAAUCACUGAAUCACCAUAUUUUUCUUCAAGAAGUAUUCCUAGUUUCAGAAAACGAAGCAUGUCCAUUCAAUUCAUUCACUUCUAUAAUUUUGACAUUUAGUAAGGAUUUGCAUCCUUUCAAUUUUUCUCCAAAUCUGCAAUCUCAAUUUGGUAGAAAUAUGGGCACGAAGUAUCUAGGGUCCAUUGUUCAAGUGAAGUUUAUCACUCAAGUGGGCUUUACACAUGUGUAUGUUGAUUUAUUUGUUUUCUCUAAAAUUGGCACCCUCGGUUUCAGAGAGAGGAUACAUUUUCUUGAAUGAAUGGUGACAGUUGAUUAUUGAUGAGUUGUAGGCUGGUAGAGAAGUAGCCAACAGCUAAAAUUUGAAGGUACUUUGUAAGUGGUGGGCAGCAUGUUGUUGAUAUCUUCUUAAAGUUGUAUGAGUGGUCUGUGUUUGUUCUGAAAAUUGACAUGGCCGACAUUACUUGUGUUUCGUCAACUGUCAUUUUCCCCUUCAUGUGUUCUGCCAGACAAAGCUCUGUUGUGCAGGAUGAAUUCUUAUGAACAAUUGUGUAUCUCAUGCAAUUUUUGAA